AUGGCGGCCAAGAAGUUGGGCAAGAUCGGCAACACGAAGGUGGACGGCAGCUUCAUCAGUGAUGGCUUCUCCAAAUGGAAAGCGGGUACCGAGAAGUUCCGGAAGCACGAAAAAAGCGAGUGCCACAAGGAGGCGGUCGAGCGACUGGUGACGCUUCCCGCCACGACGCGUGACGUGGGGGAGAUGCUGUCAGCGGGGCACGCUAAGGAGAAGGCCGACAACCGGAAGCAGCUGCUGCAAAUCCUACGCAGAAUACGGUUCCUCGCACGCCAGGGCAUCGCGCUACGUGGGCACGACGACGAUGAGGGGAACUUCAUGCAGCUGCUACAACACCACGGGGAGACGGACAGCUCUAUUCUCGCGUGGCUGGAACGGAAGCGGGACAAGUUCGUCGCCCCUGAUAUCCAGAAUGAAAUACUCCAGCUCAUGGCACUGCGCAUCCUCCGUAAAGUGGCCAGCGACAUCAAGACAAACGAGUUCUACACAAUCAUGGCUGACGAGACAACAGACAAGUCCAACCGAGAACAAGUGGUGGUAGUCUUCAGACACGUGGACGAGGACUUAAAUGUGCACGAGGACUUUGUUGGGUUUCACCAAGUAAAUUCCAUUGACGCCACUACACUGACGUCGGUCAUAGAAGACACUCUUCUAAGAAUGAACCUAUCCUUGAGCCAGUGCAGAGGGCAGUGUUAUGACGGGGCCAGCAACAUGACCGGAGCGAAGCGUGGUGUGGCGACCAACAUCUUAGCAAAGGAGGAGCGAGCUGUGUUCACGCACUGCUACGGACAUGCACUCAAUCUGGCCGUUGGGGACUGUGUACGUCAGUGCAAGCUCUUGCGCGACACCAUGGAUACAGUGCAUGAAGUCUCCAAACUGAUUAAGUAUUCACCAAAGAGGGACAGUACCUUACAGACCCUGAAGGAGGAGAUGAGCCCCGAUACCCCUGGUUUCCGUGUACUGUGCCCCACGAGAUGGACAGUGCGUGCAGCAAGCCUGUGUAGUGUCUCAGACAACUACACUGUGUUACAGACCUUGUGGGACACCUGCUACGAGCAGACCAAAGACUCGGAGAUCCGUUCCAGGAUAGUAGGCGUGCGGUCCCAGAUGGAGAGCUUCGACCUCUUCUUUGGUGUCCAUCUGGGUUACAUCAUCCUGCGACAUACAGACAACUUGAGCCGCACCCUACAACAGAAGGACAUGUCCGCAUCAGAGGGUCAGGCAGUUGCUUCAAUGACGGUGGAAACAUUGACCAGCAAGCGCUCCGACGAUGCCUUCGACAAGUUUUGGGUUGACGUCAACAGCCAGCUCGAUGACGUCGACGUAGGAGAGCCAGUGGUUCCCAGGCGACGCAAGAUGCCGAAACGCUAUGACGUUGGAACCGGGGCCCACGAGUAUCCAGCCACAGCACGUGAUCGGUACCGCCAGGUCUACUUUGAAGCAUUCGAUUUGGUGAUCGCGUGUAUCAAGGACAGAUUCGAUCAGCCAGGCUACAAAACCUACAGAUCCCUCCAAGACCUUCUGGUGUGCUGCGCCUGUGGUGGUGACUACGCCACUCAUCUGCGGAGCGUGAUGGACUUCUACAGGGACGACUUCAACGAGCAGGCGCUCACCACUCAGCUGGAGACGUACCAGGUCGCCGUACGGGACAAGAAGGUCAAGACCAUCACGGACAUUGUCACGUUCUUCCGCGACUUGUCUCCUGAGUCUCGCCUCUUUUUCUCGGAGGUGAUGCGCGUCCUCCGCCACGUCCUGGUAAUGCCCGCCACCAACGCCACCAGCGAGAGGUCCUUCUCCGGCCUGAGACGCCUGAAGACGUACCUCCGGACGUCUAUGACACAGGAGAGACUCACCCACCUCAUGACGCUCCACGUGCACAGGUGUGCUACCGACGCAAUGGACUUGUUAGAUGUUGCCAAUGAGUUCGUCAGUGUGAAUGAAUCACGGUUAACUAUCUUCGGGAAGUUUUCAUAG